AUGGCGUCUGAACUAACCGUGUUCGAGCACUCGCUCUGGAUUGGUAAUUAUAUGAGCGGAAUUCUCUAUGGCGUCGAGCUCGUCAUGUACUUCCUGACGAUGCAGGGAUUGUUUAGCAAGGGCAACCACAACACCCCUCGCAGCCGCAAGUUCUUCGCCAUCUUCAGCACCGUCCUACUGCUCCUCUUGACCAUCGACAUUGCGGUCAAUGCGGUUUGGUGCCAGUUGAUGUGGAUCAACUCUCGCGACCAGCCAGGUGGUGUUCCUGCCUACAUUGGGACCCAAGUUUCCGUCUGGUAUCAGACUAUGGGUUCCACCACCGUCGUAAUGAUGAUAUUCAUGGGCGACGCGCUUCUGCUCUACCGCCUUUUCAUUAUCUAUGGCUCCAAGUAUUGGGUCAUCGCAUUCCCGAUCUUGGCAUAUUUGGCCGCUUUCUCGCUGGCCAUCAUCGAGCUCGUUCUUGCCGGCAGGCCUGGAGGCAACUUCUUCGGCGGAAGGACGAUCAAUUUUGGGACACCCUACUACACCAUCACCAUCUCGCUGAACAUCAUCGUCACCCUCCUCAUUUGCUUACGUCUCGCUAAGCUCGGAAAGGCGGUCUCGAAAGCGCUCGGGCCCGAUAGUGCCAGGAUGUAUACUGGCGUCGCUUCCAUGCUGAUUGAAUCCGCCGCCCCAUACAGUCUCGUUGGAAUCAUGUUCUUGAUUCCGUACGCCAUGGGGAGCCCAACGGCCAUCUCAUUCGGACAGGUGUGGGCCAAGCUUACUUGCCUCGCUCCUCAGCUCAUCGUCCUCCGCGUUGUCACAGGCCGUGCAUGGGGCAAGGAUGUCGUUACUCAGGCUCAGAGUGGCGUCGACUUCAGGAUGAAGCCUGCUGGUCGCUCGACAGGUAUUGAGCUCCAAACCCACACCUUCACACACGGUGGUACCACGCUGGGCGAAGAAGCACCUGAGAAGUGGAACUCUUCCACGAAAAGUCUCGCCUAA